AUGAAAUUUCCACUGGAUCCCAACGAUGAGAAUCCUCUCGUGAAUCCCAGCAUCAACUUGGCAGAUCAGGAAUUCACCAAUACUUCAUCAUCUAUUCAUAAGAUCAAGCACCAGAAGUCUGAGACGUCAUCGACAUCUACGGCGUCGACGACAACAACAACAAUCCAAGAGACAUACCAUUUCCCCAAGAGGGUAAAACCCGUUCCGGUGCUCUCGUACUUGAGUGAUACCCAAAUCAGCGCGGUAUCUGGCGCCCUUUCGGGAUUUCUUGCCGGGGUAUCAGUGUGCCCAUUGGACGUUGCCAAAACUAGACUUCAAGCUCAAGGAGUAAUGCGAAUGGAUAGUAAUAAUAACAGCCCAACAUCGUUGAAGUAUAGGGGUAUAUUUGGAACAUUGGGGAAGAUCUUUGCCGAAGAAGGGGUUCGUGGACUUUAUCGAGGAUUGGUCCCAAUCACCAUUGGAUACUUACCCAAUUGGAUGAUUUAUUUCACAGUAUACGAGAAGGCUAAAGUGUUUUAUCCUACUUUAGUGAAACUGACCCUUGGAUACGACUUGGAGAAUGGUGAUAAUAAGCAUUCGAUGUUGAAAUAUUUCUGUUAUUCGAUUAGUGCUAUCACUGCCGGAGGGGUGGCCACUACUAUUACCAAUCCAAUAUGGGUGGUAAAGACAAGAUUAAUGCUCCAAACAUCUAAUGGUCAAAAUGUGUACCAAGGAGGAGCAGCACAGAAUUAUUAUUCCGGGACGUUGGACGCAUGUCGAAAAAUGUAUAAAAGCGAAGGGAUUAAAGUGUUUUAUUCGGGGCUCGUACCGUCUUUGUUUGGAUUGUUUCAUGUGGCCAUUCAUUUCCCAGUAUACGAAUAUAUCAAGAAAUUACUCCAUUGUGAGAACCAGUCGGGAUACUUGCAGAAUAACAAGUACCGAAUCUUGAAUAAUAAUGACCGUGAGGCCAAGGAAGAAAGAUUUUAUUUUUUCUUGAAAUUGAUUCUUGCUAGCUCGUUAUCUAAGAUGUGUGCCUCCACUUUAACUUAUCCUCAUGAAGUGCUUCGAACUAGACUACAAAUCGGUGAUGCUCCGUCGUCAUCGUCAUCCACAGUAAAUAAUCCUUCUACGUCUCGUCACAAGUCGAGGAUAGUGCGGUUGUCUGCGGAAAUUUAUAAAACACAAGGAAUCAAGGGGUUUUAUUCUGGGUACUGUACCAACUUAACCCGAACGGUGCCUUCGUCUGCCGUAACUUUAGUAUCGUUUGAAUUUAUCAAAUUGUACCUUGAGAAAAUCAAUUGCGCUGGGCAAUUCGAUUAA